AUGGCAGAGCCUCCCAUAGUCCUGGACGGAGGGACCGGAUUCCUCAAAGUCGGAUACGCCGCCCAGAACUUUCCCGAGUUCCAGUAUCCCUCCAUCGUCGGCCGGCCUAUCCUCCGCUCCGAAGAGCAGGGCAACGAUGGCCUGGUUAUCAAGGAUAUCAUGUGCGGCGAUGAGGCCGCAGCCGCCCGUACUAUGCUGCAGGUCUCGUACCCGAUGGAGAAUGGUAUCGUGAAGAAAUGGGACGACAUGCAGCAUCUGUGGGACUACACCUUCUACGAAAAGAUGAAGCUUGAUCCGUCGGGCCGCAAGAUUCUGCUCACCGAGCCGCCCAUGAACCCGCUACGAAACCGCGAGAAGAUGUGUGAGGUGAUGUUCGAACGCUACCAGUUUGGGGGGGUGUAUGUUGCCAUCCAGGCCGUGCUGGCGCUGUACGCGCAGGGUCUCAGCUCGGGAGUGGUCGUCGAUUCCGGCGACGGCGUAACCCACAUCGUCCCUGUCUACGAAUCCGUCGUACUCAACCACCUCACCCGCCGUCUGGACGUUGCCGGCCGAGACGUAACCCGCAACCUAAUCGCGCUCCUUCUCCGCCGCGGAUACGCCCUUAAUCGCACAGCCGAUUUCGAGACAGUUCGUCAGAUCAAAGAGAAGCUCUGCUAUGUUUCUUACGACCUGGAACUCGAUCAACGACUUAGCGAAGACACGACAGUCCUGGUAGAAAGCUACACUCUGCCAGAUGGAAGAGUCAUCCGCGUUGGCAGCGAGCGCUUCGAGGCGCCCGAAUGUCUCUUCCAGCCUCAUCUCGUUGAUGUCGAACAACCUGGCAUCGCCGAGUUUCUCUUCAAUACCAUCCAAGCUGCAGACGUCGACGUGCGCUCCUCGCUCUACAAAGCUAUUGUUCUCUCUGGUGGCAGCAGCAUGUACCCUGGUCUCCCCUCACGCCUCGAGAAGGAGCUGAAGCAGUUGUGGUUGACCAAGGUACUGGGUGGAAAUCCAGAGCGGUUGGGCAAGUUCAAAGUGAGGAUUGAGGACCCGCCUAGGAGGAGACAUAUGGUGUUUUUAGGGGGAGCCGUGCUGGCAAAUAUCAUGGCGGAUAAGGAGGACAUGUGGAUUAGUAAGGCCGAGUGGGAGGAGCAGGGCCCGGCUAGAUGUCUAGAGAAGCUGGGCCCUAGAUAG